UCUGUUUACCGUAAGGUAUUCAAAAAAACAUUCCUUAAAUACAUUUUAUGUUACUAAAGAAUAUUAUAGUGACAUUGGUAAAGUUCCAGGUCAACGUAUCUAGUUUUAGUACAAAAAUAAACAUGUCCUUAGAAAAAGCAAAACAAGUGGCAGCGUACAGGGCGGUAGACGAGUUUGUGACGAAUAAUUCUGUCUUCGGCGUCGGCAGCGGAUCGACAGUUGUAUACGCCGUGCAGCGCCUCGCAGAACGAGUAGAGACUGAAAAGCUGAAGGUGACUUGUAUCCCUACAUCAUUCCAAGCCAAACAGCUCAUUCUCAAGCAUAACCUAUUCCUCGGAGAACUCGACACAAGCCCUCGCAUUGAUGUUACCAUUGAUGGAGCGGAUGAGGUGGAUGCCAACAUGACCUUGAUAAAAGGAGGGGGAGGUUGUUUACUACAAGAGAAAAUUGUGGCUUCCUGUUCCAAAAAAAUGAUAGUUAUUGCCGAUUAUACUAAAGACUCUUCUAAACUUGGAGAUAGAUAUAAAAAAGGGAUCCCAAUAGAAGUUAUUCCUAUGGCUUAUGUUCCUAUUAGAAACAAAAUUGUGGAUCUGUUUGGAGGAGAAGUGAAAUUACGCAGUGCUGUCGCCAAGGCAGGGCCUGUUGUGACUGACAAUGGAAACUUCAUUCUAGACUGGAUGUUCACCAAUCAAGACUUGGACUGGGAUCAUGUCAACAAAACCAUCAAGAUGAUACCUGGAGUAGUUGAGACAGGGUUAUUUGUGAACAUGUGUCAGAAAGCUUACUUUGGACAACCCGAGGGGAAUGUUGUUGAGAGAUCUGCUGCAUGAAAUUAGAUUUUUUUUACAUUUUAAUAUAGUACUUUUUGUUUCUGAGCAAGCACAUGGCUAAUGAUAAUUAUAUCAGUUUUAAGUGUAGGAUUAAGAACAAAACCAUUUCAUCGGGUGACAAGCAAAACUCACUAAGUACUAUCAAAAAAUUAAAGUAACAUUGCACUUUAUUACACUUGUAACACGGUUUAUUGUCCAAUAAUUUCAAUGAUGUUAGUGACUUUUGCUUGUCACCCGACAAUUUAUUCAUAAGUACACAAGUCAAAAACAAAAUUAUAUAUGGCUGAAAAUGCUGUUAUGUUUUAGUGCAAAUAUGUAUAUUUUGCAUAAAUUAUCAAAUUUAAUAUAGUAUAUAUUAUUUGAUAUGAAAUUCUUUAUCCCUAAUAAUAAAUAUGUAUUUAUAUUUUUUUAUACUCCAAUGAGUAUCAAUUUUGUAGUUUACAUGUUUCAAUGUGGCAGCAAUCUUACAUAGUUUUAACAGCUUAGAACUUUAAGUAUUUCAUGGCACUGUUGCUGAGGUCUAAGAUAAUGCUGAAUGAUGGCAGUGUGUAUUCUAUCCUUAACCACAGCAACACUUAAUAUAUGCUGAUCGAAACUGUCUGCUGUUUCAAUUCAAUCAGUAGUACUUGGUAGUACCAAUCAAGUAAUUAAUAGCUGUGUAAUUUGUCAAAUAUUUUGGAAAGCUGCUUUGUUAUAUACUUAUGGAUGUUAGUAAAGUUUGAAGAGUUAUUUAUCUAUAAUAAAUUCUCAGAUAAAAAUCUUGCCUUCAUAUUCAAGUGUGCUAGCCAAACUAGGUGGCACUAUUAUGGUUAUAUAGUGGUAACUGAAUUCUGAAAUGACAACGAGAACUCCUGUAUUCUGGAUGUACAGUGACAUCUAUGUUAGGUAAUGAAUUAGCAGCACUAUUUUUUCUUAGGUUUUAUACCAUGUCUUAUGUGGUCAUAUAAGUUGCUUCAAUAAUCUGCUGCUGUUUAUAAAAUGUAGCUAAGGGCCACCCCACACUAGCGUCUCCCAAGCGUAGGCGUUUACUAAACUCUAUGGCUGCUGCUCAACGCAAUAUUGGCGCAACUGCGCAGCGACGUCAUUUUCCAUAGCGACUAGACGCCGACGCUCAAGACGCUAGUGUGGGGUGGCACUAAAAGUUUAAAGUAGGAUGAUUUACUGUUUAUUAUUGUUAUAAAAUAAAUGCUCAACAUCAGGUGCCAUAUAUUUUAUUCUACAUUUUCACCUAUACAGGAAACAUUGAAAACAAUGCAUUUACGAAAUAAACAAUAUAAGGUGAUAUAAGUUUGUUCCUUCCGAUCUGGUAAGAUUAGUACUUACUUAGUUACAAAUGUUAUUAUUUAUAGCUUAAAAUAUCUUAAAUUUAACAAUCAAAUGACUAACAUGGAAUGUUUUAAGUACUUGCAUGUGUUUUCUAUGUAUGAUUUGAAAACAUGCAUUUCUAAAUUAUAUAAUUAUCCUGGUUGAUGUAAGUCUAGUGAAACUAACCGUGACCGUGACCGUGAAUCAUUCAAAACCUAUAUAAUUAAGUAAGUAAGUAUGCCAAAUUUGUAAGAGUUACAUAAAUAAAUUUGUUCCUAAAAUGAGAAGGUGAAUCCUUAUUUAUCAUUAUUAUAAUAAUUCGAUCGUUUGAUAUUACAAAACUUAUUUAUUCUUAUGC